GGCGCACUAAACAAACGUGUUCUCUCUGGGCAAUAUAACAAACAAACGUGUUGAUGGCAGUGUGCGAAGCAGUGAUUGCAAGGAAGUUGGAAGGAAGUUUGCGAGGAAAUUUUUAGGUUGAGAAAUUCAGAUGUCAGGAGCAACUCAUCUGCCAGAUACUCAGGAAGUGUUAUUGGACCAUCUUUUAGUAAAACUGAGGCACCUUUCGCCGGGUCAAGAGGACAGCCUGGUUGAACUUCUUGGCGAAGGUCUGACAAAUGAAGAAUUAUUGCAGCUUCUUCAGUCAGACCGGGAGCUUGGAAGUGCUGUCCAAACAUUGCUUUCUUAUCAGCAGACUGGGAGCCUGACGCUGGGGGAGGCGGUGUUUGCGCGCGUCUCCCGGCUGGACUCAGAGCUGUGCGCCCAGCUGAGUGGCAUGCUGCUGGAGAUGCCGCCCCUCCGGCUGGCCAGGCUGCUGCAGGACGAGGGACGGCUGAGGGAGGCCGUCGCCGCCGCCCGCGCCGAGUACCUCCGCUACACAGGCGCCAGUCAGGUGGCGGCGGCGGCGGGAACCACGGCACCGGCCACCCGCGAGGAGCUGGCUGAGCGGCUGUUCGCGGCACUGCACGAGCAGCACCCACAGCUGGCCGGCCGUCUGACGGGCAUGCUGCUGGAGCUGCCGGAGCCCGAGCUGACCGAGCUGCUGGACGACCGUGAGCUGCUGACGCUGCGAACGGAACAGGCGCUCCGGGCACUCGGACGGUGACCGUGAGCUGCUGACGAUGCGAACUGAACAGGCGCUCCGGGCACUCGGCAGGUGACCGUGAGCUGCUGGCGCUGCCAACUGAACAGACGCUCCGGGCACUCGGACGGUGACCGUGUAUGAGCUGCAGUGUCUGAGACGAAAAGGGAAGCUGGCACAGGCGCAUUUAUUUGCGCUCUGCAACAAUUUAGAGAAGUAAGCGAUGCGACGCAGUGGCAAGCUGCAAGCUGCAACUUCUUUCAAAGCUGUUUAAGGUACGACUUACAUCUACGAAUAUCCAAAGAAGAAAACAACGACGAAGGUGCGUGGCUCCAACACAUGGUGAGUCGGAAUCCGUACGACGCUGAGAAGCUUUCGAUAUCAUUCCAAGAUGCGUAGCUCGCUUAGGAGCAUGCGUAAUGGGUAUAUUUACCAGAAUCGAUAAGAUUUCGUAAAUAUUUGCAUAUAAUAUUAUGAGGGUACGCUUCCUAAGCUCUGUGAUAAAGAAGAGCCGUAUCGUACCUUGGACAAAAGGCUUCUAAUAUGGCUUUACUGAAUUAUGUCUCUGUUGGGCUGUUGGCAUUUUAUCGUUAUCACAUAGAUAUUCCAUACACAUUCCAUUGGUAAUGCUCGUUUAUGGCUAUUUUAACGCGACUGAUCGGUGAUGAUACUUUGAUAAGAUAUGAGUAGCACGGUUCUCGCGCGUAAAUCGUAAACCUGCUGUUUUUACGAUACUAGAUGAGAUAUCAUGAAGCAGAUUGCCAAUAGCAGUCCACACCCUAUCUUAUAUUUGCUUCUCUUUUAUCACAAAAUAAAGCCUGUGGAACAUGAGUUUGCAAAAGUUUGUCAAAGUGCAGAUAGCUAUGUAUAAUAGAUAUAUAGUAGAUAUAUAGGGCAGGGCUAAAAUAUCUAUAUAUCAGGGCAUAUAUAGUAGAUACAGGGCAAGAUCGAACACAUUACAAAUAAAAAGCAGACAAUUCCAAUCAAUCAACCAAUCAAACAGCCUAUGCGAUCUCUGCAGA